CAGAGUUUAGAAGGACGAGGUUGCUGAAAAGUGCCUUCCUUGAAGCCGCCGCCACCGCUGCUUGGAUUUCUGUCUAGGGCUUUGCCUCGCUUGCUUUUUAAAAUAUAUAUCUAUAGACAUAUAUAUUCACUCCCCCAACUUUUUUUUUUAAUUUGGCGUUUGCUUGCAGUUCACACCCUAAAAGCAAUUCAUCCAUCUGGGGUUGGUUUGUUUGGUUUUUUCCCUUCCCCUUAUACGCUCAGUUUUCUCAGCCAUCACCCCCUCCCUUCUGAUUAUGUAGCAAACUCUAUUUUAAAAGAAAAAGGAAAUCCUUUCUCUGGUUUUAACACUUGCAACUCCAUCAAUCUGUAGAAGCAAGAAGGAGUCAGAACUUUCGGAAUUCUCCCCCCUCCAACGAAACAAGAUCAUCCUACAACUGCAGCAUUGCCAGCAGCUUUUUUGUUUGUUUUGGGUGAGAAUAAUUGAAACCAUUAACUGGAGAGCACAGAAUCUCUUGAAAAAGUCUGCCUGUUAUUUUGAAAUAAUAAUUUCGGCAGUGGCACAAAAUAUUAUAUACACAUAUAUAUAUAAAUAUAUAUAUACACACACACACACACACUUAAAAACAUUUCUAUUUUAACUUCAACAAUUGCACUUUUAGGAGCUGGCCUCUAAGUUAAUUUUUCAGUUAAUUCUGAUGAGAUUUCUAUUUUAUGAUUGGCUUUAUGUUAACCCUUGUUUUCAACAAACACAGUUUGAGUUUAAUGGAAACCUAAGUGCUGACGAGAAAUUUUACCAAAGCAACAAGUUAUUUCUUCACGUUUUUUUAAACCUUUUUUUACCCCUUUCCCCCCUUUUAAAAUCAUCAGCACUGUUCUCCUAAAGGAGGGUGCAGUUGCUUGCAUUUUCAUUUUUCUCUUUUGGGGUGUGUGUACUUUUUCUUUUUAAUAUGGCUAUGAACGUUUCUUUGGUUCGUGAUACAAAAUGGCUGACCUUAGAAGUAUGUCGAGAAUUUCAGAGAGGUACUUGUUCUCGAUCUGACACAGAGUGCAAGUUUGCUCACCCAUCACGGAGUUGCCAUGUGGAAAAUGGACGAGUUAUCGCCUGCUUUGACUCCCUCAAGGGCCGCUGCACUCGAGAGAACUGCAAAUACCUUCAUCCUCCACCGCACUUAAAAACACAACUCGAAAUCAAUGGACGCAACAACCUGAUCCAGCAAAAGACAGCUGCAGCCAUGUUUGCACAGCAAAUGCAAUUCAUGCUACCAGGAGCACAAUUACAGCCAAUUACGACGUUUCCUGUGACUCCUUCACUCGCAACUAGCCCCACCAUGGCUUUCAGCCCCUACUUAAGUCAUGUUUCUCCUGGAAUGGGCUUAGUUCCUGCAGAGCUGUUACCAAAUACGCCAGUCCUGGUAUCUGGCAACCCAACCGUUUCGGUACCAGGAGGCUCUGCUGGGCAGAAAUUGAUGAGGACAGAUAAACUGGAGGUUUGCCGAGAGUUUCAGCGUGGAAAUUGCACACGUGGUGAGAACGACUGCCGUUAUGCUCACCCGAUAGAUAUUGCCAUGAUAGACACAAACGAGAACACUGUUACAGUUUGCAUGGAUUACAUCAAAGGGCGAUGCUCUAGGGAGAAAUGCAAGUACUUUCAUCCCCCUGCACACCUGCAAGCCAAAAUCAAGGCAGCUCAACACCAGGUGAAUCAAACUGCUGCAGCCACAAUGACUCAGCCAGCUGUCCGAUCACUGAAGCGACCCCUCGAGGCAACCUUUGACCUGGCCCUGCCACCUGGUGCUCUUCAACCUUUACCAAAGAGGCCAGCACUUGAAAAAAACAACGGUGCCACCACAGUCUUUAACCCAAGUGUUUUCCACUACCAACAGGCCCUCGCGAACAUGCAGUUGCAACAGCCUACAUUCAUCCCUACAGGGUCUGUGCUGUGCAUGACUCCCACAGCAAGCGUUGUUCCCAUGAUGCACGGUGCUACGCCCACCACUGUGUCUGCAGCAACAACACCUGCCACCAGCGUUCCUUUCGCUGCAACUGCUACAGCCAAUCAGAUAUCCCAGUUAUCAGUAGAUGAACUAAACAACAGCAUGUUUGUCUCACAAAUGUAGAAGGGUGCAGCGGAACGCAAAGCAUUUUGAAAUUCUAAACCGUGAAAUCAUGGAAUAUCUGGACAUCUCUCUCUUUCUCUCUGUUGGUAGGAAGCUGCACUUGGGCUCUCUGUAUGUAUAUGCCCUUCUUUCUUCCUCUACGACACCCACACAGUUAAGCCUACUGCAGCCGACAUGUUAACCAAAAACUUAUCCAUGGGAAUGUCAAAAUUUAUGAAAAAGAAAUUUUUUAAAAGCACUAUAGAAACAAUUAACAAACAGCGCUCUGUUAUACAAGAUAUAGAAGUAGAGAACUUAUAAUAGACUUUUAUAACACCCUCCUUUAACACACUUUAAAGGCGUUUUUCUGACUACCAUCAAGACAAAGUUCUCCUGCACAGUGGACUGUCAGUUUACUGUUCUAUUGUCGAUGGAUAAAUGUUUGUCUGUUUUUCAAAGUGUUAUCUUACUGUUUUGUUUACAUCCUAGCCUAUUGAUUUGUUUGGAGAAAAACAAUGACAUGUACAUUGUUAUCAAGUAUACUCAACACCAUUUUUUUUUCAUUAUCACAAUGUCUUACAUUUUCAUAUUACCAUGGUUAUCAGUUUUUCUUCUUUUUCUGUUUGUUUUUUUUAAAUGACAAGCUAAGAAUGUUAUAGUGGGAAACAGGAAUUAUGUGCUUUUUCUUUAAAAAAAAAUAGAAGAAAAAGCAAGACACAAGAAUGUUCAGGCAUUUGCUGUAUUUUAUAAAACAACAAAAAAUGUAGUUUGUUGAAACAGUCUGAAAACUGGACUCAAAAUGGAGUCUGUAAACAUUUGUUGCAAGCUAUAGGAAGAGGUACCUGCUGAUUCAGGAAAGAAUUGGAAAAUGCUACAAUCAAAGAGGGAGGGCAGCUUGGCUGGUUGCUGAAAGCCCUUCAGGCUGAGCAGAUUUUCACUUGGAUGGCAGGAAGGAGAGAAUGUCUGCAUUCAAGUGCCAUUUUUGGCUGCAAAUGGCGCACAAUGUUUUUAAAUAUUUUAACAACCUUGGGCUU